AUGUCCAGCCUCGCCAGAUCUGCCAACCUCCUUUUCCGCUCUAGCAGGGCCUCCCUGCUGCGCCCCCGCGCUGUCAACCCCAUCCAGCAUGUCUUCCUCGGCGACAAGCUGGCUGCCCGUGGUAUGGCAACCGCUUUCGAGCGUACCAAGCCUCACGUCAACAUUGGUACCAUUGGUCACGUCGAUCACGGCAAGACCACCUUGACCGCUGCCAUCACCAAGCACCAGGCCUCCAAGGGUCUCGCUCAGUUCCUUGAGUAUGGUGCCAUUGACAAGGCUCCUGAGGAGCGUAAGCGUGGUAUCACCAUCUCCUCUGCCCACAUCGAGUACGCUACCGAUGCUCGUCACUACUCCCACGUCGACUGCCCCGGUCACGCCGAUUACAUCAAGAACAUGAUCACUGGUGCCGCCAACAUGGACGGUGCUAUCAUUGUCGUCGCCGCUUCCGACGGUCAGAUGCCCCAGACUCGUGAGCACUUGCUGCUUGCUCGUCAGGUCGGUGUCCAGAAGAUCGUUGUCUUCGUCAACAAGGUCGAUGCCAUCGAUGACCCGGAGAUGCUGGAGCUCGUCGAGCUGGAAAUGCGCGAGCUUCUCAGCAGCUACGGCUUCGAGGGUGAGGAGACCCCCAUCAUCUUCGGCUCUGCUCUCUGCGCCAUUGAGGACCGCCGCCCCGACAUCGGUGCCGAGCGUAUCGACGCUCUCCUGGAGGCCGUUGACACUUGGAUCCCCACUCCCCAGCGUGACCUUGACAAGCCUUUCUUGAUGUCCAUUGAGGAAGUUUUCUCCAUCCCUGGUCGUGGUACCGUCGCUUCCGGCCGUGUUGAGCGUGGUCUCCUGAAGCGUGAUAGCGAGGUUGAGAUCAUCGGUACCACCAACGAGGUCAUCAAGACCAAGGUCACCGACAUUGAGACCUUCAAGAAGUCUUGCACUGAGUCCCGUGCUGGUGACAACUCCGGUCUCCUUCUCCGUGGUGUCCGCCGUGAGGAUCUCCGCCGUGGUAUGGUCAUUGCCGCUCCUGGCAGCGCCAAGGCCAACAGCAAGUUCAUGGUCUCCAUGUACGUCCUGACCGAGGCUGAGGGUGGUCGCCGUACCGGUUUCGGUGUCCAGUACCGUCCCCAGCUGUUCAUCCGCACUGCCGAUGAGGCUGCUGAGUUCAGCUUCCCCGACGGAGACCAGUCCCGCCGUAUCAUGCCCGGUGACAACGUCGAGAUGAUCGUCAAGACCCACCGCCCCGUCGCCGCCGAGGCCGGUCAGCGCUUCAACAUCCGUGAGGGUGGUCGCACUGUUGCCACUGGUCUGGUCACUCGUGUCCUGACCGAGUAA